AUGGCAUCAUAUGUAGGAAGAGAAGCCCCUUUUUUCAAAGCUGAAGCAGUUUUUGCAGAUAACACAUUUGGAGAAGUAAAUUUACAUGAUUUUAUUGGAAAGAAAUAUGUAUUAUUAUAUUUUUAUCCACUAGAUUUUACGUUUGUAUGUCCAUCUGAAAUUAUUGCAUUAGAUAAGGCUCUUGAUUCAUUUAAAGAAAGGAAUGUUGAAUUAAUAGGAUGUAGUGUAGAUAGUAAAUAUACUCAUUUGGCAUGGAAAAAAACACCAUUAGCUAAAGGAGGUAUAGGAAAUAUCCAACAUACAUUAAUAUCUGAUAUUACUAAAAGUAUAUCUAGAAGUUAUAAUGUGUUGUUUGGUGAUAGUGUAUCCUUAAGAGCAUUUGUAUUAAUUGACAAGCAAGGUGUUGUUCAACAUUUACUUGUUAAUAAUUUAGCAAUUGGUAGAUCAGUUGAAGAAGUUUUAAGAAUUAUUGAUGCUGUACAACACCAUGAACAACAUGGAGAUGUCUGCCCAGCUAACUGGAAAAAAGGAAAGGUAGCCAUGAAACCAUCAGAAGAAGGUGUUAGUGAAUAUUUAUCCAAGUUAUAA